AUGCAGGUUGAAGAAAGUCGUUUGGGGGAUAACUUGAGGGGAGGGGGGGAUUCGGGCAGAGGGGGUGAUUCGGGCAGAGGGGGUGAUUCGGGCAGAGGGGGUGAUUCGGGCAGAGGGGGUGAUUCGGGCAGAGGGGGUGAUUCGGGCAGAGGGGGUGAUUCGGGCAGAGGGGGUGAUUCAAGGGGCAAAGAAGGAGACGCUGUAGAGGGGGCGUGCAACAAUGAGACUUGUGGGGAUAGCGAUGGUGCCUGUGACGUCAGUGGUGGUGGUAAUGAUGUUGAUUUGGGUGCAGUGGGUGAUGGUGCCGCCGCUGCUGCUGCUGUCGAUGGCAGUGCUAAUGCAGGUGGCGGGGCAAAACAUGGUGGUCGUGGCAGCGUAACUCACAAGGGGGACAGCAGCGACGGGGGCUCGACUAUAGCGGAGCAGCUACUAGCGAGGAUGGAGGAGGUGGCGAGGCUGAGUGAGGAGAACGUGCGAUACAGGGCCGUGUUUGAGCUCUCCAUGGACCCAAUCAUUAUCUUCCGUCUGCAUGAAGAAUCGAUAAUGGAUUGCAACGAGGCGGCAGUAGCAAUCCUGCGCUGCGCCUCCAAAGCAGACGUCAUGUGCCGCCCGUUCCACGUCAGCUUCUCGCCGCCCGUCCAGCCGGACGGCCGCCCGACGGCCGAAGCGGCCGGGGAGGUGAUGGCGAGGGUGCAGAGCGGCGAGGCGAUCAGCUUUGAGUGGAUGCACCGCGCUCUUGACGGGUCACCGCUCCCUGUGCUGGUUCGCGUGAAGCACAUAGUGGCAGCGGGGAGGGACUGUGUGAUUGUGGUGUGGCACGAUAUGAGGGAGGCGAAGCAGAGGGAGGAGGAGCUGAGGCAGGCUAAGGAGGCUGCAGAGGCGGCUAGUCGCGCCAAGACACAGUUCCUGGCCAACAUGAGCCACGAGCUGCGCACUCCCAUGAAUGGCGUGUUGGGGGUGGUGGAACUAUUACUAAGCUCGGGUGUGAGUGGCGAGCAGAGGGCACUACUGCAGGUGGUGCGGGCGUCAGGGGAGAGCCUCGUGCGAAUCCUCUCAGACCUCCUCGAUAUCACGCGCAUCGAGUCCCACUCCCUCGCGAUCUCCCUCGCGCCCUUCUGUCUUCACUCGGCCAUUGAGAGCACUCUCGCGCUCAUGAGAGUUGUUGCCGUCAAGAAAGGGCUGCAGAUGUCAGUCAGCAUCGAUCCAUGGACGCCACAGGAGGUGGUGGGCGAUGCAAUGCGGUUCCGCCAGGUGCUGCUCAACCUGCUUUCGAAUGCCAUCAAAUUCACCGAUAGAGGCUCUGUGGCAGUGCAUGUGACAAGGCUGCACAAACCCGCUCCCUCACAUGUCACCGGGGAGGCUAGUGGGGGUAGGGGUAGGCUCUGGGUUGGCCCGCCCUGGUCUGCCGAAUGUGUGCAUACGGGUGGUGGUGAUAGCAUGCCUGUUCAUCGCAGGGGAGGGGAGUGUAAUGUGGAGGACACUAGGCAGGGAGGGGCAGGACGGGCAGCAGGGGCAGCAGGGGCGGCAACAGGGGCAGCAGGAGCAGCAGGAGGGGCAGGAGAGGCAGCAGGCGGGGCAGCAGGGGGAGCAGGAGGGGCAGGAGGGGCAGCAGGGGGGGCAGCAGUAAGAGCAGCUGACUCCUCCUCCUCACGCCGCUUCGGAGGCACGGGCCUGGGCCUUGCCAUCUGUCACUCGCUCAUUGGCCUCAUGGGUGGGGAAAUCUCUGUGAACAGUCAGCCUGGGGUUGGGUCGGUUUUCACCGUCUGCAUCCCCUUUGGGAAAGCUCGAACGGAUGAGGCGGUGACUUUUGAGUCGACUCAAAAGGCCGGGUCGGCUUUCACCGUCUUCAUCCCCUUUGGGAAAGCUCGAACGGAUGAGGCAGUGGUGGGUGGGAUGGAUAAGCCUUCCCAAAAUGCACCUACGCGGGGGGCCAUCCAAGAACCGCAAACCACCUUCCCUGCUGCUACCUCCCUUGCUCCGUGUCCCCUUCCCAAUCCCACACCGCCCACUUUCCCUGUGCCCCCCUCCCCAUGUGCUGCUGCACAUCAGACGGCCCCAGAACCACCAGCUCUAAAACUACCUGAACCGGAACCAUCUGCCACAGCAUUACCUGCCACAGCUGUACCUGCCCCAGUUCUACCUGCCCCUGAACCACCCGCUUCAGAACCACCUGCCUCAGCACCACCCGCCCCUGAAGCACCUGACUCAGAAGCACCUGAGUCAGAAGCACCACCUUCCCCAGAUGCAGAUGCAUCAUUCCCCAUGCAGGCUGUGUCAGUACGCCCUCCCCCAGUCCUACCUGCCCGCGCCUCAGUUGAGCCUACACCCACGCCUCUGGACUCUCAUCAGCCUGAACCCCACCCUCUUCCCUCAUACCAGUCAUCUCCUGCCCUUCCUGCACCCCCCGCUUACACUCCACCUCCCACUAUCCCUGCACCCACAGUUCUACCCGCAUCGCCCGUUGUCACUACACCUCCCACUCUCGCUGCAUCUCCCGCUGUCCCUACGCCUCCUUCCGCCUUUCCUUCCUUGUCCCCUGCUCCUGAUAUGGCCUCCGUCUCGCCGUUACUCUCUCCCUCCCUCGCACCUUCACUCCCUGCGUCACUGUCUCCCUGUUCUGAAGCCGCUCCCAGCACCAACCCCCCUUCUAGUCCUCGUUUUAAGGCGAUUCAGAGCAGCCCUUUGCGCUCUGAUCUGGCUAAGCAUAUAAGACUUGAAGCAGCAGAGGAGGGUGUGAGCGCACACGUGGGUGUGAACAGGAGGGGAGGGGAGACAGAUGAAGGGGCCCGGGUGGGCAAGAGAGUCUGUGUCAGGCAGCAGAGGGGAAAGCAGGGCAGGGCGAAGGGCAAUGGGCGAUGUGCAACUGAAGAACGAUCACCGGAUGAAGAAGCACAGGAGCAGGGAGAGCAGGGAGGGCAGGAAGGGCGGACAGAGCCGCAGGUGAAGGGGUAUGGUACAGAUGGUGAAGCAGACGAGAAGAGAUCGCCGUUUGAAGGAAUGAGGUGUCUGGUGGCGGAGGACAACAGAGUGAACCAGCUGGUGGUGACUCGAUCCGCAGAUGCAGGAAGUUCACACCGUGAAGCGCAGGAACAACAGGGAACGACGCAAGGCAAGCAGCACGGCACAGACAAGGAGGGAGAAGGCAAGAGAUCGCCGUUUGAAGGAAUGAGGUGUCUGGUGGCGGAGGACAACAGAGUGAACCAGCUGGUGGUGACUCGCAUGCUGCACAGCCUGGGCGUGGCGUGUGACGUGGCCGUCAAUGGCCGGGAGGCUGUUGAUAAGUGUGCACAGCGAGACUACGACCUGGUUCUUAUGCUGGUGGUGACUCGCAUGCUGCACAGCCUGGGAGUGGCGUGUGACGUGGCUGUCAAUGGCCGCGAGGCUGUUGAUAAGUGCGCUCAGCGGGACUACGACCUUGUGCUCAUGGUGAGUCGUCUUAUAGUGAGUUGUCUUAUAGUGAGACGUUCAAGGGAUCUUAUUGUGAGUGUGCGGGGUGAACCAGCUGGUGGUGACUUGCCUGCUGCACAGUAUCUUGUUCUCAUGGUUUUUCCUUGUUUUCCUGCAUCCUUCUCUGGACUUACCCUCAUGCGCGUGACUACAGGACUGUCAUAUGCCUGA